GUGCGGGCCGUGACGUCAGCGGGCCGUCUUGCACGGGGACGCGGGGCUGUGAGUGGGUGCAGCCAGUGUGCGCGCAUCCCAGGACCCGACACCGAGUCAGCAGGGACCGCUCUCUCCGCCGAACUGCUCCGGAACCGCCAGGAACCGACCGCGAUGGGUUGCUUCGAGUGCUGCAUCAAAUGUCUGGGCGGCGUCCCCUACGCCUCGCUGGUGGCCACCAUCCUCUGCUUCUCGGGCGUGGCCCUCUUCUGCGGCUGCGGCCACGUGGCGCUCACCGGCACCGUGACCAUCCUGGAGAGCCACUUCUCCAAAGUGACCAGCGACCACGCCAUGCUGACCGACGUAGUGCAGCUGAUGCAGUACGUCAUCUACGGCAUCGCCUCCUUCUUCUUCCUGUACGGGAUCAUCCUGCUGGCCGAGGGCUUCUACACCACCAGCGCCGUCAAGGAGCUGCACAGUGAGUUCAAGACCACCAUCUGCGGACGCUGCAUCAGCGGAAUGUUCGUCUUCCUCACCUACAUCCUGGGCGUGGCCUGGCUGGGCGUGUUCGGCUUCUCCGCCGUCCCGGUCUUCCUCUUCUACAACAUGUGGUCCACCUGCGCCACCCUGAGGUCUGCCACCGCCAACAUCACCAACAUCGACUCCAUCUGCGUCGACGUCCGCCAGUACGGAAUCAUCCCGUGGAACGCCACUCCAGGAAAGGCCUGCGGAUCCACGCUAGGAGACAUCUGCAACACCAGUGAGUUCUACCUGUCGUACCACCUGUACAUCGUAGCGUGUGCCGGAGCCGGAGCCACCGUCAUCGCUCUGCUGAUCUACAUGAUGGCUACCACUUAUAACUUUGCCGUUUUGAAGUUUAAGAGUCGAGAAGACUGCUGCACUAAGUUUUAGCGUGGCCGCUCUCCCACGCCCACUAAACCAGACUAGACACCUUUCCGCGUAGAACCAGUGUAAAUAGCUUCUUAGCUUCCAACUGAUGAAAGUUUCCUGGGGACUGAGGUGGAGUAGAGUCAGGCUGCACCAGUGUUAUAUUUAUAUAAGCCAUCACAGACGUGACAGACGCCCAGCGGUGUUGACCCCGAGUCAGGUCAGGAGGAGGCGGCCUCAGUUACGUCACAUGUUGCACAGAAACGCUCAGUGUUCUCCUUCACCGACUGUUAAGAGCUCGCUACAUGGUAGCAUGGUAACACCGCUAGGCUAGCUUAGCUCAGUAGCGCCGGCGCACGGGGCCUUUCUUCAUUCCGUGUCCGUUCCUCUGUACGACGUUUGGGCCUGGGCAGCGAAGGCCCGCGCUCCUUCUCUCGACGUGCCUUUUAAGAGCCUGUUUUUAUCUUAACGCUGAGCUUGCAUGCUAAAACCAACCUGACCAUAUUUAAUUGGAGACUGUAGCCUUUCUUUAUAAAAUAAACGUCUUUGUUUACGAACGUAGCCCCACCUGUUUAUUUCAAAGGGUCCGACCGCGACGACGCGCCGGCUUCGCACUAACCGCCAAACUUGCAACUGCAUGUGCCUCUUCUUUCUGUUCUCUUCACCUGGCUAACCUCAACUCUGAUCCACAGUUGUGGGCCUUCAUGCUAGCUGUGUACCUCUGUGUGUGGACCUUUUGAAAGGUUAAAGCAACACUACAAAGAUCUGCCGUUUACCUUAUGGCUUCAUGGCGCUGUUAGCAUGCUACCUACGCUGACAGCUGAGAGCAAACGCCACUGAGAAAUGGAUCUGGCUUGUAGAAGCAGCCAUUUUUAAAUACAUUUGUGGACAAUUUAAAUUGUUUUUGGGGGAUAAAAUCAGUUUCUAGCGUCAAUGAUGUCGACGUGAAAGACACAUUAACCCGAGGAAGGGGGAGUCGUCCUGAAAUGAGUGGAUUAGAAGUGAAAUAACGCUGGAGGGAGAGAGUUGUUUCAGGGGCUGGUUUACUGGGUUGCUGUGCUGGAGUGAGGGGUUCGAGACGGUUGAAGUCCGAGGUCCGUGUUCCCUGAUUUGUAGCUGAUGAGUUAGGACGAGCCACACAGUGUUUGAGUCGGGAAUGUGCUGGAUGGACUCGCCCAUCCUCACCUAAACAUUUGUCUCUAUGGCAAAACAUCCACUGUCAGUUCAAAUGCUUCACUCAGACGUGGGUAAAGUGCGGCCCAGGGGCCACGUGUGGCCCUUCGCCUGUGUUCAUGUGGCCCUCAUGAAGUCAGAGCAAAACUACAAAUAAAAUCCAUGGACACGAAAAAAAGCCCCGCAGCAGAUUGAACUGCGCACAGCAGGUGACGUGUGGAUGGAAGUGAGAACAAAGUCUCUCUACUUGUUGCUGUUUGUUUGAGCCGCAUCGAGUCUGAAUUGAGGUUCCCGUCUGCGCGACUGUGGUAAACCAGCCCCUUGCUCUUAGUUAAGAGGUGAAGUAAACAAGCUCCCUGCUGGACUACGGUGGCUCUCUUCGCUGGGUCCAUGACGGACGUGCAGCGCCGCCCGCUGCCGGUCAGAGCCAUGUGGUGUUGCUUUAGCUGCCCAAGGGGGAACUGGGGUGGAGAAGUGUUUCACGUUGACCAGGUCGCGGGCCUGAUUUCCUCCUGUAGCUUGGCUUUGCUUCUCUGACAUGCUCACCGCCCACCCACCUCACCCUUCUC